AUGAUCAUAUCAAAUAAGUCAGAUAAUAAAGUUCCUAAUUACGCUAGGAAUAUUGGGCACUCCAAGGUCUCAGGGGAAGCUUCAAGUUCGGAUAACACUGAGGAAGACAAAAAAAUAUUGAGUACUUUAAAUAACUUUGAUGCUUCUCCUAUUGAUACGGCGUCGAGGAUUCCGCGCAUCUCCUUUCUCUUGUGUGACACUAGUCCCAAUGUGAUAUCGGCAGACACGCUGCAGACACCUUCGUUGACUAAGUCACUGGAUACUUCAUUUAGCUUCACCUCUCCCAAACUAGCUAAGUUUCAGGAAUGUGUUUCUCCGGUUGUGUCAGUCAAUAGAGGAUUUCGCUACACAAUAAAAGAAGAAGAGGACCAUACCACCGAGAAGAAGCAAAGAAAGAAUAUUAAACUUCCUGAAGAAAUUUGCUUCAGUGGGGGGUUUUUAAGGAACACCAUGAUACGGUACUACGAUACUGAAGUGCUCAGGAGCAGUGAUAAGAAAAGCCUGCGUUCUCCACAGAAGGGGGACUUUCAUCAGAUUUUGAAAGACGUCAGGCAAGCUGAAGUGAUUUUUGAAAACAAGUCUAUUGACGACUUGGGGCCGUUUUUGGAUGCCAAGGCCAAGUCUUUAGAGCCGGGUGUCAAAGAUUUUAGAACUAUCAUUGCCCUCAGGAGAUGGCAAUAUGAUAAUCGUAUAUCUUUAAUGUUUGGAAUUAACCCUGAUCAGGUAGAAGAUAAGAGUGACGUUUUCCACUUUUCUAUUAUAUCUAGAAAAUGUGAGCAUGAUGAUCCAGCUGCGAAGAUUUCGAUAGGGUGGAUACAUUUAGUUGCCACAUAUGAACUCGCAUUAUUGUUGGAGUUUAUCUUUGGCGACAUUGAUGAAAAUAUCUGGGCGAACGAUGAACUUCUUAGCGCAGAAGUGGCCAAUGAUCCAAAGAAGCGAUACCAAUCCAGAAUGAGAUCACGUUAUAAAGGUGCCAUUUUUAUAACAGUAUAUGCCUCCCGAAAGUUGAAUAAAAAUACUCCAGGAUUCCUGGAGGGCAACAGUAGUGGGGAAGAGGAGGUGCCAAUGGAAGCUAGUUCUGUGAGCCGGAAGAAGACCAAAAUUAAGAUAAAAAGAAAAACGUUAAGAUUGAAAGCUGCACUCUAUGACCAAAUGUUAUCUUACAGAAUAGGUGUCACAGGUCAACCAUCACACUCUUUGGUUAAGGUUGAUAAGCUUAUGUGGAUUAUUGAAAGAUCUGUGGAAGCAUAUUCAUGGGUAAACCCUUCAGUAGCACCAGCAGAGGGUUAUAAGAGGUUAUUUUAG